AUUCCCACGCAAGUGAACGCCAUUUCUAGGGACGGAUUCCGCAUUAAAUGCCAUCUCAUCAAACCUUAAAGCCGUAACGCACCAAUUAUCUAAAGUCUCUUCCCCAUUCUUCCGUCUCCUCACCUCACUUUUCCUCUCUUCGUCCCACCACUCUCAGGUAGGAAAUGGCGGGAAAAGGUGGGAAGGGUCUUCUUGCUGCGAAAACCACAGCUGCGAACAAGGACAAGGAUAAGGAUAAGAAAAAGCCGGUUUCCCGUUCAUCCCGUGCCGGAAUCCAGUUUCCAGUGGGUCGUAUUCAUAGGCAGCUGAAGCAGAGAAUCCAAGCGAAUGGUCGUGUGGGUGCCACAGCUGCAGUUUAUUUGGCGUCAAUUCUGGAAUAUCUGACCGCAGAAGUUCUAGAGCUUGCUGGAAAUGCGAGCAAAGAUCUCAAGGUGAAGAGGAUCACGCCUAGGCACUUGCAAUUGGCUAUAAGAGGAGACGAAGAGCUGGACACUCUGAUUAAAGGGACCAUUGCUGGUGGAGGCGUUAUCCCUCAUAUCCACAAAUCCUUGAUCAACAAAACUUCCAAGGAAUGAGCACCUCGCUUCUCAUUUCACAUGGCUCUUUACUGUUGUGGUUGCUAUCUUAUAUGACUUCUUUCACUGCUAGGUACUAGUGGCUGUAGUGUAGGGUAACUUGACUGGUUUGUUUAGAACUGAAUGUUAGAAUGUAUAUGAUCUUGUUGGAUAUGUUUAUUUUUGCUGUAUGAAGCGGUCUGUAGGAGAUUUGGGAUGCUGUUUAAUGAUGAAUGGUUUUUGAA